GACGUUGGGCCGCGAAUUCCGCACCUGUGUGGAACGAUGGUCACGGCAUUUGUUCAGCAUUUUGCACCGAAAAAGUUUCAACUGGCUUGAGCAUCACUGUACACGCAUCGCGCGUUGACAUCUGCGAACAAAAACAGCGGGAACCACAAACGACAAAGUGCCCCGACGACGCAAAACAAUCCUGCAGCUGUGUUGUUUAUGGUGCAAUGUCGUGAAAAUACGCGUACAUGGUGAUGUGUUUGGUGUAAGUGUUUUUCGUACAAGUCUGUUCGACUCGAUUUCCAACAUGCAUUUGAAUAUCCAAGGGACGAAGCAUCCCAUCCGGCCGGGGCUAAGUUUGAUCGGUUCGGUGGCAAACGAACGGUACAACACAAUACUGUUGCAGGACAGGAGUAUUUGUCCCAAGCAUGCCAGCCUUCGGUUUGAUACUGCCACAAAUAAGCUUGAAAUUUUGGAUCUCUGCUCGAUAGAAGGAGUGUCCGUUAAUCAAAACCCCAUCGAACCACUAAUCUGGAACGAAAUCACGACACUGAGUCGAUUGAAUCUCGGCCGUGUGCCAAUCUCAAUUGAAACGGACAGCAGCAACAGGGUUGAUGAGCCAUCAUUCCUGCACGAUGAAGAUUCAACGGAUGUUAUCGACUGCAGUCUGGAGGAAACAGCGCCACCGACCCUUCAAGGCAGUAGAAAGAUGGCACAAACCACUGUUGGCUUAUUGACCACGUCGGCAAGAAGAUCUUCGUUGAUUGAAAUAACAGCCACCGUACAUCAGCAACCUCCUCCUACCUCAUCAUUGCCGGUGGUCAGAAACAGUUUUCUCGUGCCGGAAACGCAACAGUUUAACGAUAGUGUUGCAGCGUGUUCUAAGCCCAAGCCAACACCCAUUCUCAGUAACUGCGAUCCAUCGGCCGACGCGUUAAACGACGAUGAUGAAGAUUUCUUUUUCAUACCGGAAACACAGCAACCGGAAGAUGAGCUGGCCUGCCCGUCGGAAGUGUACGGACGGAUUGGUUGCGAGGUGCAGGAAACGCCCGCACAGCAGACGGCGACGGAAGAUGAAUACUUUCAAAUGACGGCCGACAACGAUGACAACAGCAAUGAUGCGAUGUUCAACAACAAGUACGUCGAGGAGUCACAAAACUUGCUGAAAAGUUUGGAUGUAUCGUGUAAUGGCGGGGUUGUUGCUGCUCCCCGGGGUUCCAUACUGCCCGACCGUUCCGUGGAUUCGAUAUCGUUCCAGGAGCAUCGCAAUACAACGCUGGAAAUGAGCCGUAUCGAGUGGAAUGAGAGUAAAAAGGAACAUGAGCAAAGCACGGCGAAUGAGCAGUUACCACGAGCGAAAGGCGGCUUAGAAGGGAGGGUUGAAGAAGCUGAUAAAGCUGAUGAUCGAUCCAUCACACCCGAGCUGCACUUUGAUGAUGAUCUUCCAGUUGAAACAGUCGUAAAGAAGGCAUUACCUGUUGAAGAAACUGGUGGUAGCAAAGUUGAUCCCGUACCUGCCGCUAAUCGAUUAACAGCGAUGGAGGAAGCGAAUCGUGCCUCAGUGACACCCGAAUUGCGCUUCGAUGAUCAGGAAAAUGUAGACGAUGAGCAUGAAAUUUCGCUAAAUCAAGAAGGUUGCAUUAAGCCGAACGCGCUAACGAAGGACGACGAAACGCGUACGGCAAAUGUGUACGAACUGGAAACGCAGGCUUUUGCCGAGGAAGAUCCAUAUGGCCUGUUAACGCAACCCCUGCAAAGGGUGGACAAAAUAUCGGAAUCUGUUCUAUCGGCCCAGCAACGUCCAGUGGAAGAAGAUCCAUAUGAACUGCAGACACAGCCAAUGGGCGUAGAAAAGCCUGCGGGUGCAAGCAAGCCUACAACCAAGUCACCAUUUUUAAUGCCUGCACUACCAGCCGUACAAAGCAAAGGUAAUCGUACGCCGGAAGUUGAUUACGCCAACAUGCCAACGCAACCAUUUUCUCCUCCGGAAUUCUUAUACCAACCUGAAGCCGAUGGUGGAACGAACGGAGGCUCUGAAUCGCCCUGUGCCCGGUUGACACGAAAAUCACCAUUUAAAAGGCAAACAUCCACGGCAACAGCGCUAGGCAAAGGCAAUCGUACGCCGGAGAUUGAUUAUGCAAACCUUCCAACGCAACCGUUCACACCUCCAGAAUUGUUGGUUCAACCGGCGGACGACCAGGCAGAUAGAGGCAAGCAGUCGCUGUCCGCCCCAUCGAUAGACGACGACGAUUUACUGACGCAACCACUGAGUCCUCCCAAAGAGCAAAUGGAUACGCCCGUCCUGUAUCGUGCGGCCACAGCAGCUGCGUUUGAUCCGUACAAUUUAGACACGCAACCUUUAGAGGAAAGGUUCGAAAAGAAAACGCCCAUCCUGAAGCUGGUCGAUUUGAAAGCAUGUCUAGUGGGGUCAUCGAUCGAUUCGGAUGUGUCAGGCAACAACAGGCAAUCGUUGGUGAGUGAUGAAGAUGAAAAUGUGUACGAUCUUGACAGGCUGCGAUUGCUGGAAGUUGGUGCAGUGGCUGACCAUGAAGUAACGCAAUUUAAUCCACAGAUAAACAGUACGACCCGUUUGUCACUGGUGCAAGCGCAGCAAGGGACGGUGGAGCCGGGCGUAGAAAUCUCUCCAACGUCAUCCAACAAGGAAAACCACACGAGCAAGCAGGCUGAACGUGAAAAAUCACACGACACGGAUGACGAUGAGCUGGGUAUGGCUGAAACGCUCCCGAUCGAAACACUUUUCCCCCACAAACCUAAGCCAGAUGGGCGCGGGAAGCCGUUUAAAAUGCCGCUCACAAAGGCGGACACACUAGCCACUCCCAAAGCGCGGAAAAAUGAGAAACGACGGAGUGUUGAGAUGACCGAAUUUCUCACACCGGAACAUCCGAUGCUAUUUCUGCCGAAAGCCGACGUCAUCCGGUCCGUGUCGGAUCAAAUGCGCAGAUCGGGCACGGUGCAACCGAACACGUCGCAGGCUAAGCCAAAGUAUCACUUUAACGAUAGCAGCAGCAGUGGUAGUGGUAGCGACGAUGAGAACAGUGCUAGCGGCCGGUUGGCGUUUAAGAAAACGAACGUAAGCGUUGCGUUGGAAAAAGAGUUGGCAAAUGUGCGGGAGGUUGGCAAGAUGAAAAAGCAGCUAGAGCGAGAUCUUGCACGUGAGAAACAUCCCACGGCAAAGGAAGCAGACGAUGGGAAAAAGGAAGCACAGGACCGGGUAAAACCGAGAGAUGAAGAUAAGCGCAGCAAACGGGCCGCCUCCACGCGAACGGCUCAACGUAAAGCGUCGGAGGAAGUUGAGCAACCCAAAGCGGCGGAACCUUCGAAACUAGCUACCAGGCGUAGAGCGUCGAAGGAUGCUGAGAGGACGUCGGAACCGAAAAAGAAAUCGAGCCGAACGACGACGGCCAAGGAGGAGCAACAGGAGGAGCGUACCAAACGAUCGCAUCACAGUGCGAACGAAACGAACCGAAGAUCGGAAGCAAGAUGCUCAACCGAACGGGCCAAACCUUCGACCGAUGUGCCUACGCGCGCUUCGACCCGCAACCGGCGGGAUACGUACAAGAAACGAAUGCUCGAUGAAUCGGUGGACUAUCUACCGGACUCAGCAAAGAAACCAUCGGCCGUUGCACCCGUAUCGACGCGUGCAAGUCGAAAGCGAAAGGAGGAUGAUGAGUCCACCGCGGAGGAUAGGGUUGGCAGGCAUCAAACAACGGCUGCAUUGGAACCGAAACGACACAAAUCAGAAGCGAAUGUAAAGGAGCGAACGCGAAGGGCAGCAUCAUCGAGCCGUCGUACCAGCAAGGUAGUGGGACCUUCGUCCGAUUUAUUUGAGGAACGGGGCAAAUCGUCAGAGGACCUGACGAACGAUAGCGUAACCGGAGGCAACACGACGGAAGAGAGUGAUGCAUCCUCGGUAUCCGCGGCCCGAUCCGUCCGACCGCGUCUUAUAUUCACAAAAAUGAACCCAGAACCGUACCGACAGUGUAUAGCCCGUGCGGGUGGCAAAAUAGUGGACAUGCCCGAGCUGGCGACCAUCCUGGUGACGGAUCACAUUAUUCGCACGUACAAAUUCCUGUGCAGUGUGGCGAAAGGAAUUCCGAUCGUCGGACAGUCCUAUCUCGAUGCGUUACAACGGUCGAACGGCACAGGGCACAUCGAUCCGUGGGACCACAUCCUGUCCGAUCCCGUGAAGGAGAAGCGCUAUGAAUUUAAUCUGCGUGAAACGUUGUUGAAGGCAAAGCGGCAUAAGCUGUUUCAGGAUUAUACUGUGUUUGUGACCGCCAGCACGCAGCCACCACCGUCGGAACUGUGCUUAAUACUUUCGUGCGCCGGAGCGAAAAUAUCCAAGCACUGCAGUCAACCGCCGAAGGACGCGAGCAAACUGUUUGUCAUCUCCGAUCCUGCCGACAGUGCGUCGUGGCCGAAGUACAGGGAAAAGUGUCCGACCAUCGAAAUAGUGUCUGCCGAAGGGUUUAUGCUUUCGAUUAUGCAGCAUUCGAUCAAUUUCAGGAAGUUUCGGUUAGCGUAAGGGAGAGCGGGGGUCACACUGUCGAGGUUGAGCAGUUUGAACGAUGUCGUUGCUGUUUUAUUUCUUCGGACGUUUGUGUGCUACGGAUCAAUUUAUAUUUAAUACGAGAGUCGUUUGAGUGAGUGUGUGGGUGUGUUUACUUUUCCUAUCAUUAAAGCUGGCUGGUUCCCAAGAGGCUGUAAAAUUUGAAAUAUUUUUUUCUUUGCUUUCCUUCAACAACAUCUACAAACUGUAAGUCCUCGGAAAAAAGGAAAUUUGUUCAAAGUGCAAAUGAUACUGUGCUCUGUAUACGUAAUUGUUUAAUACUCAUGUUAAUGUUACUGUCGAAAAACAAAUGUAAUUUUUCAAAGCAAGAAAAAUCGAAAUUCAUUUAUAAAUAUUUUACUGUUAAGCUGGAAAGGCGAAGGGGUGAAGUAGAUACCUACCGAUGAAGCUGUUUGCAUGUAAUUUUCGUAAUGUGUUGUGCAUGACUUGUUUAAAAUAUGAAAUAGUUUUUUUUUGUUAUAAUUUUCCUAAGUUUUUGCUUAAUACGCGUUACAUCACCGUCCGUACUACAACCAUCUCUCGAUUAGAAAGGAUGAAUAGUCUGCGGACAACUCUUCGCAUGUUUUGCAAGAGUUUCUAAUAAAAAAAAAUGUAAAUGAAUAGUUUAGUGUAUACCUGAGUACAAAAAACUGUAAAUAAAGUGUUAUACAGAAGAA